CAGACCUGCUCCAAGCCCUCGGACAUGGCCGAGCUCGUCAGCAGCCAGGCCUGGCUGGAGGAAAUGCCGGCAGCCAAGGCCGAGCUGAAGGAGGGGGACACCAGGACCGCUCCCUUCACACUGGUGCCGGCCCUGACCGAGGAGCAUGACAGCGUGGAGGAGGAGGAGGAGGAGGAAGAGGAUGGCGAGAAGCCCAAGAGGAGGGGCCCCAAGAAGAAGAAGAUGACCAAGGCCAGGCUGGAGCGGUUCCGGGCGCGGCGGGUCAAGGCUAACGCCCGGGAGCGCACGAGGAUGCACGGCCUGAACGACGCCCUGGACAACCUGCGCAGGGUCAUGCCCUGCUACUCCAAAACCCAGAAGCUCUCCAAGAUCGAGACGCUGCGGCUGGCCAGGAACUACAUCUGGGCCCUGUCCGAGGUGCUGGAGACGGGGCAGACGCCCGAGGGGAAGAGCUUCGUGGAGAUGCUGUGCAAGGGGCUGUCGCAGCCCACCAGCAACCUGGUGGCCGGCUGCCUGCAGCUGGGCCCGCAACCACUCUUCGUGGAGAAGCACGAGGAGAAGCCCUGCGAGCCGGCCCUGGCUGGCCACUCCUUUGGCUACCAGGGUCUGCCCAGCCCCCCCUAUGGCUCCAUGGAGUCCCACCUGCUGCACCUGAAGCCGCCGGCCUUCAAGAGCCUCGUGGACGCGUCCUUCGGGAGCCACCCCUCUGACUGCUCCACGCCCCCCUACGAGGGGCCCCUGACGCCGCCCCUGAGCAUCAGCGGGAACUUCUCCCUGAAGCAGGACGGGUCCCCGGAGCUGGAGAAGUCCUACCCCUUCAUGGCCCACUACCCCUCGGUCAGCCUGGCCGGAGGCCACGGACAUGGCUCCCACUUCCAGAGCUCCGUGCCCCGCUACGAGAUCCCGCUGGACGUCAGCUUCGAGUCCUUCCCACCCCACGUGGCUGGGCCCCAGCUCGGCGCCAUCUUCAACGAGUAGCGGGGCCUGGCACGGGUUUGGGGCAGGGAGAAGUGGGGCGGGGAGCCAUCCCCGGGAUGGACACAGCCGGGUGAGGGACCUUGAGCAUCUCUGCAGGAUGUGGCCCUGGAGGUGGCCGGUGUCACCGUGCUGCUGUCCCAGCUGUCCCCAGGAGCCAUUCUGGACUCUGAGUGGUCACUGCUGCGUCCCCCAGAGAUGCUCCCGAAGGUGUUUCUGCCUCCAGGACGUCCAUCCUGACACCAGGUCCAGCCCUGGGAUUGUCCAUCCUCUCCCUGUCCUCGCCCUGGUGUGGGGACAC